GCGUACUGACGCCCCCACCGGCCAGGCGUGGGAGGAGGGAAUGGAAAUGAGGUUGGGCCGAGCCGCUCUCGCGCGCUCCCUCCCCUCCCCUCCCGUCGCUGGGCGCGCGGCGGGCAGCGCAACUCCGCCGCGUCGGAGGACAGCGCGGCUGCGGCCGCGGCCGCCGCGGGAGGGGCCCGGAGCCCCGCCCCCGGGGAGGGGCAGUCCGCAGGUCUCCCCUCUACCCUCCACGGCCCUAACUCCACGCCGGGGAUGAAAUUUAGCAGCAAGGAAGAAAUUUAGCAAUCCAGGCGUCGUCAAUGGACUGAGACUAAGCCAAAAACCGGGCCCUCCUUCCUUUAGGUUCUUGGACCAGCAAGAUGCUGGAGCGAGAUGCGGAGUCCGCGGCCGAGGCAACAGAUCCUAAUCCUUCUGGCAAGGAACCAGUGACCAAAGGAGGAGUUUCCCACCAGGGUUCGCCGAAGAAGCCCCGCCAGUUGGCUCCUGGGCCUGAUGCAUCUGCGGGGGAGCCUUCUCGACCCCGCAGGAGGCCCCCGCCCCAGCGCCCGCACCGCUGCCCCGAUUGUGACAAAGCUUUCUCCUACCCGUCCAAGCUGGCCACGCAUCGGUUGGCACACGGUGGCGCCCGCCCCCACCCAUGCCCUGACUGCCCCAAGGCCUUCUCCUAUCCUUCCAAGCUGGCUGCUCACCGCCUCACGCACAGCGGCGCCCGCCCGCACCCAUGCCCCCACUGCCCAAAGGCCUUCGGCCACCGCUCCAAGCUAGCAGCCCACCUCUGGACCCAUGCGCCCUCCCGCCCCUACCCGUGCCCUGACUGCUCCAAGUCCUUCUGCUACCCCUCCAAGCUGGCAGCCCACCGCCACACGCACCAUGCCACCGAUGCCCGCCCCUAUCCUUGCCCGCACUGCCCCAAGGCUUUUUCAUUCCCCUCCAAACUGGCCGCCCAUCGCCUAUGUCACGACCCCCCCACCGCACCAGGCAACCAGGCCACCACGCGGCAUCGCUGCUCCAGCUGCGGUCAGGCCUUUGGCCAGAAACGCCUCCUGCUCCUUCACCAACGCAGCCACCACCAGGCUGAGAACCAGGGAGAACGGGAGUGAGCCCUCCCCUUGGCUCACUGGCCCCCUCUGCAGCGAGCCCCGGUCAAUAAAGAGGUGGCAUUUCCAAACCA